AUGGAGCCAGAACAUGAGAAGGGACUGGUGCAGCAAAAAGCGCCGCCUGACGACGAGCGGGAUAGGCGGCGGCGGUGUGCGAGCUGCCUUGGGUCAGAGCGGCCCUCUCCUCACGCAUCGCGGUCGUUACCGCUCGUUGCAGAUCCGCCAUCCUCACAGGCGGAUCGAACGCCCCACCACCCCCGCGACCGCGAGGACCCCACCAGCCACCACGACCGCCACGAUUCGCUUGCCACUGACCCGACUGCUGAUAGCGCCGAGGAGAAUUGCGCUGGCGCCGCGAGGACUCACGAUCCUGAUGAGGUGCUGGAGAAUGGGGGCGAGAUAGGCGGCGGUCCGGUGAGGGUGGACGAGACUGCUGCGCCGGCUGCGCCUGCUGAGCUGCAGGCGGCGCAACGGGGGCAGCCGGGUCCGCUACUGGGGGCACAACCAACUGUGCCGGGCCGCCAGUGGUGGCGGAUGCCGCCUGCGGGGACGAGGCAGGUGCAGAAGUCAGCGGCUCGAGGCCGGCAGCAGGUGGUCCAACGGGAGCGAGCGCCGGGAGUUCAGCGACAGACGUUGUCAGGACUACAGGGGGAGCCUGGGGAGCAGUUGGCGCAGCCGGGGCGGACGGCUCAACAGCAGCGGGGGCCGCAGACUGCGCGGCAGUGGUUGCCGACAAACCAGGCGCGGCCGCAGCAAGGGGAGCCGCGGGCGGCAAUGCGCUCUGGCGACGGCUCGGGAGGACCAGCAAUCACCAUCGCGGGGUCGAGGAGCACGGGGAGAAAGGAGACAGGCGGUUAG